CCAGCAGCAACACAUGUCCACCACGAUUACACUCAACAUCAUGUCUGCAGACGACCAAGCGUUCCUCGAUAUACUCUCCUCGGUUCCCAAUGACAUACGUCGAUACUCGAACGACGUGGCUGACUACGUUGACAAGCAUUUAGAGAAGGUUGCGAACACAUUGAGAGAAGCUUUAUCCUCAUCGAAAUGGAUCCCCGAGAAUGCGAGGCCGAGACCUCCUCCGCCUCCGCGGACGGCCACACUCCCAUGUGCCGCUUCAACAUAUUCUCAAAUUCACGACUGGGUUCUGAAGAACAAGAUCCUGACGACUGUUAUUAUGAUCGCCGCUGGAGGACUUACAUAUCAUAUUAUAAAAAGGAAGUCGAACCGCAAGAAAAGGAGAGCGAAGAGGGCUCCUAAUGGUGCAAGAGUCGAGGUCGUGGUCGUUGCGGGAUCCCCAUCUGAACCGAUUACUCGGUCCAUUUCUCUAGAUCUAGAGCGAAGAGGAUUUAUUGUCUACAUUGUGUGCAAUACAAUCGAGGAAGAAGUCCUCGUCCAAAACGAAUCAAGGCCAGAUAUCAAACCGCUGAUGAUUGAUAUCGUAGAUUCCGAGAGCGCCCGCGGAUCCAUCGACCGCUUUACAGCCUUUCUUCAAGCACCACACGCCGUAGCUCAAGGCAUAAAGUUACAUUAUCUAAAUUUCCGCUCCCUGAUUCUCAUCCCAACACCGAACUACCCCUCUUUACCGAUAGCUACUCUGGCCCCCUCAGCACUCUCCGACCUCCUAAACACCCGCCUUUUAACACCCAUCCUCACCCUCCAAACCUUCCUCCCACUCCUACAAACCCUCCCCCUCUCACACCCCCACCAACAUACCGGCCCAUCGGCAGCUCUUCUCAAGCCCUCAGUCCUCGUCCUCACACCCUCAAUAAUCUCGAACCUCAACCCAGCUUUCCACCUCCCAGAAUCAGCAAUAGUCUCCGCCCUCUCCUCCUUCACCUCUGUUCUCUCCUCCGAGCUUCAACCACUUGGAAUACCUGUUACACACCUUCAACUAGGAACCUUUGACACCUCACCCUUCGCCUCACAUAACCGGCAACUCACAGUCUCAUCCCAGCGCGCAGAGAUGCUAAAAUGGGAAGAAAGUGCUCGGCACGCAUAUGGCAAGAAUUACGCUACCGUCACCUCGAAGACUGGUGGGGGAGGUGUAGUUGGUAAGGGCAGCAGUUUGCGGGAAUUAAAUAAUGCAGUGUUUGAUGCGAUGAUCUGGGGGAAGGGAGGUGUGGUGAGGGUUGGAAUGGGGAGUCGAGUCUAUGGAUUUGUAGGACGAUGGGUUCCUAGUGGGUUGGUAGGAUGGAUGAUGGGUGUUAGAGGCGUGGGGGACAAGGAGGAGUUUGGACGCGCCGUUGGGACUAGUGAGGGCUUAGGAAGCAGAAGCACGAGCCCCGGCAGCAGUUCAAAUGGUGGAAAUGGGAAUGUGCAUGGUUUGAAGCUAGGAGAGAGCGAGUAUAUUUCUGUUUAUGGGGAGCAUCGGGAUGAGCCUUGUUUACCGGGUUGCGAGCAUUGAGAUUUAGGCGUUGAAGAGUCGAAGUAAAUUAGGAGGUUAGGUCGAUUUAGGUUGGGUAGAUGGGAAGGGAAUCUCCAUUCAUGACAGCUCAUCUCUACGAGAGCGACACAAUAUACACAAUGUUCUCCUCUUUAAGGAACCACCAGUGGUCAAUUGGGACUCACUUUGGUGCUAAUCUAGGUGAUAAGUUGCCGUCAAG